AUGUCCGUUGUUGGCUCGUUAAUCUUCUGUACAUACUGUGGUAACCUCUUGAAUACCACCAGCUCCAAAUCUACUAUACAGUGUGGUUUGUGCACUGCCUCAUAUCCAAAGUCCAAGUUCAGCGACUUGAAGGUGGUGACGACUUCUUCAGACGAUGCAUUCCCUUCCAAGCUUAGAUCAGACCGUUCCGUGGUCAAGACCUCCUUGAAGAAGGACGAGUUGGACGAAGGUGCCACCAUCAAAGAAAAAUGUCCCAAAUGUGGAAACGAAGAAAUGCAAUACCAUACCUUGCAAUUGCGGUCUGCGGAUGAAGGUGCUACCGUGUUCUACACAUGUACGUCCUGUGGAUACCGUUUCAGAACCAAUAACUAG